AAACAUACACCCAUGCAACCCCUUCAACACACACUACCAGUCCUGUUGCACCCUCAUACACAGUCCCACAUAGCCAUCUAUGGCCACCCAAGAAAAGAUCCGGCCCUCCGGUCGAGCGGUCGAGCCCACGUCGAGCCCAAGGAUCUCCUUCUCUAUUGAUUUCGCCGGCGACAUGGACUCGAGAAUCCCCAAUAUGGGGGAGAGAGAGAAAACAUGUGACCCUGACUUUGAAUUCCUCGCGAGUGGCCCCGGCAUGGCGGGCAUGCUAACAGCUGAUGAACUCUUCUCUGAGGGACAGCUCCUGCCGUAUUGGCAUACAGAGUCCACGGAGAAGCUUGAGAGGGUUACGCUCAAAGAGAAGGAAGAGGUGGGGCAGGAGAUGGAUGGGCAUGCAAGCCGCGUGAGUUGGUCCGUAGACGAUGAUCCAUCUCCUCGGCCACCUAAGUGUACCGUUCUAUGGAAAGAACUACUAAGGUUGAAGAAGCAACAUCCGGUGCCGGCUCGGCCGUCCUCUCCGGCUUCUAUGGAUGGAUUGUGUAGUAAGGAUGAUGGGAAAGGAGAGAAGAGUGGACCAUGGAAGAGGGAGAAGCAAGUGAAGAGGGUGAAGAAAGGGUUGGAGAGGACAAGGUCAGCUAGUGUGAGAAUAAGGCCUGUGGUGCAUGUGCCCAUUUGCAAUCAAGGGAAGAACAAUGCAUUGCCUCUCUUGUUUGCUUUGAAGAAGUAAAGAGAGUAGGAUUCUUUCUCCCAUGCAUUUGUGAAUCUUUGGUUUCUUCCUCUUGUAUGUUAGUUUAUGUUCAUUUUUUAAGUAUUCUGACUUUUGUAACUUCGAUCAGCUUCUAAACUAGUUAUCAAGUAAAAUUAAUAGAAAUUAAUGAUGUUGUGAUGCAUGGUUUGGAGAAGUCUCUCAUCCCUGCCGUACAUGUCACAAACAUGUAUGGUGAUCAAGACUGUUGAUUUGUGGGCCACCACAUAGA